CAUCUCCUCACCCACAUCAUUUCUUCUCAUUUCCUUCACUUGUUUCCUUCUCCCUUUCUAUCCCAAGGAAAUGGUAAUGGACCUAGAGAUCGACGGCCAGGAGUCAGCAGAGAGCACAUACAUGAAGGGAGUAAGGCACCUUUGUGAGAGUGGCAUCACAAAAGUCCCUAGAAAAUAUAUCUUGCCGGUCUCCGAACGGCCUCAAUUAAUCAUGAAAAAAGAAAGGACCAGCACUUGUCUCAACCUUAAGCUGCCCAUCAUCGAUCUUGCUCGCCUGCAUACAUCCGAUCGCUCCCAAGUUCUGGAAUCCCUGGCCGAAGCUUGCAAGGUGUAUGGCUUCUUUCAGGUUGUGAACCAUAAUAUUUCUUGCAAUGCUAUGCGGAGAAUGAUUGAUGUUGGAAGGAGGUUCUUCAAGCUGCCUUUCGAGGAGAGAGUGAAGCACAUGUCUACCGACAUAAGGAGUCCGGUGAGGUAUGGGACCAGCUUCAAUCAGACCAAGGAUGGUGUUUUCUGUUGGAGAGACUUUUUGAAGCUAUACUGCCAUCCAUUGGACACCGUUAUUCCAUUCUGGCCCUCCUCUCCAAGCGACUUAAGGGAGGAGGUCACGUCAUAUGCCAUGCAAGCGAAAUCCCUUUUCUUAGCCCUCAUGGAGGCGAUCCUUGAAACGUUGGGGGUAAACACCAGCAUUCUCCGGGAAUUUGACGAUGAUGGCUCGCACCUACUGGUCGUAAACUGCUAUCCGGCCUGCCCUGAGCCCCAUCUUACACUCGGAAUGCCGCCCCAUUCCGACUAUGGCUUCCUCACCCUCCUCCUCCAAGACGAUGUUGAGGGCCUCCAGGUCCAAUGUGAGGGAGAAUGGGUCACUGUAGAGCCCGUCCCCAACUCCCUAGUAGUAAACAUUGGUGAUCAUUUUGAGAUGGUUCCAUCUAAAUCUUUAUUGGCUCAGAUAUUCAGCAAUGGAAUGUACAAGAGUGUGCUGCAUCGGGUGCUUGUCAACUCCUCAACGUCUAGGAUGUCGGUCGCAUCCCUCCACAGCCUCCCACCCGACAAAAUGGUCAGCCCCUCGCCCGAGCUUGUCAACAAGAAGAACCCAAGGCUAUACAAGGACACCAACUUCGCUGCCUUCCUCGACUACAUGUCCUCCUGUGACACCAAGCACAAGAACUUCCUUGAGUCCAGGAAGCUGACCCAGGGAAAGGACGAGGCCAAAAGUCAAUGACUGCUGACUUUUUUUGCAGGGUAUGCCAAUUUCUAGUGGUUUGGAAAAAAAAAAGAAAAAAGACAAAAAAAAAGUUUACAGGUAUAAAAGUGGCUGGUGGCGAUUGAAAUAAGCCUCACCACCUCAUUCUCUUACAUAAUUCUGCCUCUCAUUCUACAUGAUAACGUUUACAGAAAGGAAGAGGAAGAAGAGUCCUUGGGAUUAUCUAGGUUGGCAGCAACUUUUGUAUUCGUAUGUCUACAUAAAAAAAAAUAGAAACUUUUUGUAUUUGUAUGUGUAUGUGAUAAAAUAAAGAUGAGAGAUUGAUGCUA